CUUGCAGCUCAAGGUCCUUCCUGUCCCGCGCAGGAGACCUUUGAGAGGGAGGCUCCGCUGCAGCACUGGCCAAAAUGCUCUCCUGGCUGCCCGGCUUCCCCCAGCUGGCCUGGGCCUCCAGUCUUGCGGACUCCCUCCUGCAGGGGCUGGUGGGGGCCUGUGCCGUCUGCAUCCUGGGCAGCCUCAUGAGGAUCUACCUCUACAUCAAGUGUCUGAAUGACCCCGAGAGGCAGCAGGAAAAGGAGGCUCUCGGGCAGCAGUGGCGCUUCCUGGAACGGCUUCACCUCUUGGUGCUGACUGCCCUGUUUGCGACGGUGGGACACCGCGUGGCCGCCCUGGUCAUCCUGGAAUUCUCCCUCCGGGCGGCCUCCACCAUCCUCUCCCUCAGCAAGGGGGCCCACAGCAGCCAGCUCUACCUGCUCUGCCAGUACUCACUGGGCUGCGGCAUCUCCUGCAGUCUCGGCUACCUGCAGGAAGGAGCGCCCCAUCGCACCUGCAACCUCUUCCUCAGUGUGGGCCUGGCCACCCUCCUGACCCGCUACGCCUGGCGCCUGGCCCACCACGUCUUCACGAUGUACGAGCUGCACUGCGGUGAACGCUACUGUGGGGGGUGCCUCUUCCUCCUCACCACGUGGCACGGCAUCCCCCAGCUGCUCCGCAACGCCCUCGUGGUGGCCUUUGUGGUGGCUGACUUGGCUGCCGUGGCUCUGAUCAACCGGGACUUCCUCUCUGCCUCCGAGGCUGUCCGUUUCUGGACGCCGCUGACCAUCUGCUACACGCUUCUGGUCAUCUACAUGCAGGAGGAGCAGCACCAGAACCCCACUGCGCAGAUGGCCUUCCAGACAGUCUUCGUCAGGAUGGGCAGCCUCCUGAUCCUGCUGAUGACCGUGGGCCAAUGGAUGGACAUCGUGAGCGUCCUCAUCUCGCUGAUCGGGGAGAUCUGGUGCCUGAUCUGGACGGGGAGCAUGCUGGAGGUGUGCAGGCAGCAGGACUAUUCCGAGGGCUUCGCGUGCUCUGCGCCUGCAUUUCAUCCGCCCCACAGUCAGCGCCAGGAGCGUCCCUCAAGAUCCUGGGCAGCAGCAGCACCAGGACCAGCACAAGGGGCCACAUCCUGAGAGAAAGGAGCCUCAGGGAAGCAGAUGGCGUGGCCAGGGACACCAGGCCAGGGCAGGCCAUGGGCCCACAGUACUGGCUGGUUCUGGGCCCUCCGGCCUGCAGUCCUGCUGUGGCAAGACCUUUCCUGUUGAUGUCGUGCUGCCCAAGGGUCUGUGGGCUCCCUCCUGGCCCAGGGCACCGCCUGCCUCCUUCAGCGACUCCUCCUCUUUAGCGACCACUCCAGGCAGGAGCUGGCUGGCCCGGGGGUGGGACUCAGGGGCAGAGGGGACGGGAUGGGCCAGAGGAAGUGUCUGAGAACCGCUGCCAUUGCCCUGGAUGAGGCUGAGGAAAGGAAGCUGGGCAGUUGCUCUGGCUCUGCCUGCCACGGUUCCCGGUCGGAAAAAGCCACGCCCGCAGGCUGACCGGCGUGCCUCCCCGAGAGAUUUGGAGGGUUGUGGGGGGACCAGAAAGGCUGCCACCCACGUUUGGGGGCCGUGGUGCGUAAUGGCCUUGAUCCCAGCUUCGCAUCCCCACUCCACCUGGGAAGCAGCAGCAGGUGGGCCUUUCCCAGCCUGGUGCCGGCGGAAAAGCUGGGAUCUGCGGCUUUGGCGGCGUCUUGUGCUGGCCUUUCUGCCUCCCAGCUGGGCUGCCCUGGAGGCCUUGGGCUGUUCUGGGGCCCCCAGUGACUCACCCUCCCCCCCCCACCGUGCAGCUGCCUUCGCAACCUCGGUCAUUCCUGUGGAACCCACGUGAGAGAAUCCCUGGAGGAGGGGAGGGGUGGGUCAGCGGGCUUGGGGGAGUCGCUUCCUCCCCUGCUCCCGGGCUCUGCUCUCUGUCCUCCCAGCCAAGGCCUCAAGGCUGUCCCCGGCCUGGGAAAGGGAUGAAGGCACAGUCAGCUUUCUUUCAGUCAAUGUCAUCAACAAAACUACUGUGCUAAAAAUUAAUUGCAAAGGUCAUUAAAUUUUCUCUGGUAGAAGGAAAAAUAAGCUGCCUUUUAGUGGCUUUGUAUUUCAGGAGGAUGCGUUGGUGGCCAGCCAUAUAAAUGUAGGAAAGUAAAUAA